UUUAGCAUAUUUUGAGUAAUAUACCCAAGGAUAUUACAGUAAUUUAAAACUUCCUAACGUAUUGAAGAAAAUUGAAAAGAACGUCGAGAGUUUAUAUUUAAAUUAAAUACCUUCUCUGUGAAUAUGGCGCCGACAGUAACUUGGAACAGUAUUUAUGUCCACCAGUGUACAUUGAGGAGUGAGGAUGACUUCAAGAUCGGCGAACACACUAUCGUUCCAGCUUUAUUAUAUUCUAUAAGCUCUAUGAUUAUAUUUAAAUGCAUUUAAAUGUGUUCAGUGGGCAGCAACACUGACAGGCACUUUCUGAUGUUUUUCAAUGAUUGCUAGUGAUUAAAAGUUCUAUUCGAAUUGAAAUUGUUAUACUGACAAAGUUAUACUACCAUCAUGAAACGCCUUAUUUUAAGACAGCAUUUUAAGAUGAUUACAAGGAGAUGUUAUUGCAAUACAAUUACACCUAUUAAUGAAAAAUUAAAGGAGAUCUUCUGCUUAAAAAAUACCAAUGUUAGCAACUGGAUAAUCGAGGGAAAAGUACAGUCAGUUUGUUCUAUGUACUAUGCUCUUCCAAAAGAAGGAAAAAGAGAUUUUCUGUGCACUUUAGCAAUGAAUUACGCUAUUAAUCACAAUUCUGUGUUCGAGCUAGUGAAACAAUUUACUUGCAUCGAGCCACUGGAUCAAAAGCAGAUAAUAAUCAGUGAACGUACUCUUCGAAAUACACUUACAGCUCCAUAUUACUGGCUAUUUGUUUUAACGAGUCGGCUAACGUAUGGGAUAAAAUUCUUGGUUGAUCUAAGGACCGACUUACUGGAAUUCAAGUCAGAAUUGGAUGACAUGGAAAAUACCGUAGCGAUCCAGCAAUUGAACACUACCUUGCAAGAUCUUUUGUUGCUAUGGUUUUCUGUAGGAUUCCUCCAUUUGGAACGAAUAACCUGGCAGAGUUCUUGCGAUAUGUUGCAAAAAGUAUCAGAUUAUGAAGCAAUUCAUCCGAUACGAAAUUGGGCAGACCUGAAGCGAAGAGUUGGACCAUUCAGAAGAUGUUAUGUAUUUACACAUCCAUCGAUGCCAGGAGAACCUAUAGUUGUAUUGCAUGUUGCACUUUGCGACACUAUACCAUGUACUGUCAAAGGUAUUAAAGAAGCAGAAGAACGAAUUCUUAACAAUACCACCGAACCUAUUUCUUUCAUGCAAGAAGACAAGCACAAGAUAAAAGCAGCCAUAUUUUACUCCAUAGCUUCUACGCAAAAAGGUUUACAGGGAAUUGAACUUGGCAAUUACAUGAUUAAGGAAGUGAUUAAAAAGGUUAUCGAAGAAUUCCCUUUGGUCAAUGAGCUGUCCAGUUUAUCUCCCAUACCUAAUUUUAAAACAUGGCUUCUAGAAAAAAUAAAACAAGACCCAAGUAACAUAUUUGAUAAUUACGAACGUGAUAUAAUCCAAAGGUUCCUUCGAUCCGAUAAUCUCUAUACAUCUCUGAAGAAAACGUUCGAUUCAUCACGAUGGACAAAUGACAUAAUGUUGACAGAAAUUCUUAAAGAACCAUUAAUAAGAGCAUGCGCUCGAUAUUUGUAUAGAGAAAAAAGAAGGAAUUAUGCUCUAAAUUCCGUUGCAAACUUCCAUCUUCGGAAUGGAGCAGUUAUAUGGAGGAUAAAUUGGAUGGCAGAUCCAUCACCACGAGGAGUAACAAACAGUUGUGGAAUAAUGGUUAAUUACAGGUACUUCCCCGACGAAACGGAGUCAAACAGCAGGAAUUACAUCGAGAAGAACAUCAUUAAUGCAUCGGAAUAUAUAAUAGAGCUUGCUUCUAAAGCAGUAAAAUUAGAGAAGAAUAACUUGAAGUGAAAAGCAAGAAUCAUUCCGGAAAUAUAUAAUAUACAGAACAAUAAAAUGCACUUAAAUUUAUUCCUAAGUCAAUUUUAAACCUAAGACGAAUGGAGAGGUCUCGUUUUGAAAAACAGCUCAUUUUGUAUGAUCACAGAAUCUUGUUCUUUACUCUUCGAAUUUUAUGUUUUUAUUAAAGAUUAUUAAAUUUGUUCAUUUA